AUGCCUGGUACAAAACGUUCAGGACCAUCUGGACGCCCCGAGACGCUCAGGGAAGCUAAGGCAAAGUAUCGAAAGUCCUCAGGAAGGCCGAAGCUUUCUGCUCAAGAAUUAGCAUAUAUGGAGCGCGAGUCCAUCUUGCAAGAACGUGCGGACAAGAUCAAGAACAAGGAAACUAAGAGGAAGGAAGCAAAGAAAAAGCGUGAAGAAAAGUUGGAGAAAGAUCGAGAGGCGGCGAGGAAAUUAGGCAGGGCGUUGCCUAGAGAGGGCGGAUUCAAAGUCGGUUCGAGCCAACUGGACCUCGCACGAUUCCUACCAGCCGUGGUCAAAGAGAUUCGCAAGAUUCCUCAACUAGAGAGGUGUGAUCAGGCCUUGGAAGAGGAGAAAAAGAACAGGGAAGGGGCCGGUGACUCGGUGAAAGAAGAACAGCGUCCGCAAGUGCGAACUUCGUUCAGUAUGGCUCCUCCACCGCGACCUCCACUCAAAUCUAUAUCAUCAAAUACAGUAAAGAAAAUGGAUGCUCCAAUAAGUCAGUCGAAACGGCCUCACUCUUACAAUGAUUACUCGGAGUUCUUUGUGAGCAAUACGCAGAUCGAGCGUGAGCUAUCCCCUCCAACAGCACCUCUACCAUCUAUCCCAAAGCCUUCCUCUUGGAACCGACCGUUCACUCCCAAGAUGGCGCCCGCCUUUACCAAGGUCUCUUCAAUGAUGGAGGAGAGAGAUGAUGCAGCAGCCUUCCUCGCCCAGAUUUCGACUCAGGAUCUGAAUUUCUGUCCGCUAACUCAAGUCGAGAAGCCACUGUUCGCGGAGAUUACAGGCCCCCCUUCAAAGCUUCACCAGACUGCAAGUCUUCACACAGUUCCCUCACAAAUUCUACCAACAUUAAGCAACGCCAACUUGCUCCUCGACAUCUCCACUCAAGAUCUUGACUUUGGCGAUCUAACGCAACCAGAGCCGACUCUCUCGCCACUGGGUCCUGUCGAAGAAGACGAAAUGAUCAAAACAGAUAUCUCAGUGUCUUUUGGCCUCGAAGAUGACAUUUCAGACGGCGACCUCGAAGCGCUCGCAGAAGAAGUUGAAUUACAAUCCUCCACCAGCUCCUUGGCGCAUCAAACGCCUACGCACGCUCCGCUCAAGACCCCUGCAAGACCUCAUUCCAUGAACGCAGAUACUCCGCUGAACAGACCAAAAGAAACACCGCUUAGUGAAUUGAAACUCUCAAGGAUGGACAUUGCUAUGAUGGCUAUGCAGGGAGCUUUUAGCGAAGCCGAUGAUGAGCCGUGGGAUGAUUCUAUACCGACCGAUGAGGAUGCGGAUGGAAGCUUCGGAUGA